AUGUACUCUAGCAGUGAAUUAUCUCGAUUAGAUCAAGUGAGGGUAACGCCAGAAGGAGCAGACGUUGCAAAUUGUUAUCAACCUACAGAUGAAUUCUUCAUCAAAGGAUGGGAGAGUGAGGCGACAUUUCUGAUCAUUUCCGGAAAGGACGAUAGAUGUCUCAAUUACUCCGUAGUUGAACAUUUUAUGAAACUUGUUCCAACGGAACAUAAACAUCGGUUCCAGGUCAUUGCUUACCCCAACACGGGCCACCUCCUUGAGCCACCUUAUUCGCCUCACUGCAGGCACUCCUAUCAUAAGGUGCUCCAAUCUGAUGCUCUCUGGGGAGGAGAAACAAAAGCUCACAGUUACGCUCAGGAGGAUUCAUGGAGGAGGAUCCUAGAAUUCUUCUCAAACCAACUUCAAUCUAAUAAACAAAUGUCUGGCAGCCAUUUAAACACAACCAGUAAAUUAUAACAAAUAAACAAACGCCUGUCUGCAACUAAAACACAGUCAGUAAAUUAUAACAAAUAAACAAACGUCUGGCAACCAUUUAAACACAACCUGUAAAUUAUAACAAAUAAACAAACGCCUGUCAGCAACUAAAACACAGUCAGUAAAUUAUAACAAACUAAUGUCUGGCAACCAUUUAAACACAACCAGUAAAUUAUAACAAAUAAACAAACGUCCGGCAACCAUUUAAACACAACCAGUAAAUUAUAUCAAAUAAAGAAUUGUCUGGCAACCAAUUAAUAAAAAACAAAUAAAAAAAUAUCUAGCAACCAUUUUAAGUUUUAAACAAAACAACUACAAUGUAGUUAAUUAUAACAAAUACUAGUAAAGAAAUGUCUGACAACCACUUAAUUAUAACAAAAUGAAUAAAUGUCAGGCAACCAAUUCAAUACAAUCAAUAAAUUGUAACAAACAACUACAAA